AACGCUAUUUCUUAACAAAUAUAUCAAACAACGAACAUAUUUCUUGACCUAUAAGUAUUUCCACCCUAGUUGUCUAUAUAAACGUUAAAAAAAUAAGCUCAUUAACCAAUAAAUUGUGCUCAUAAUAAUUCUCUUAAAAUUUAUUUUUGUUUUAUUGUUAGUCUAAUUAUACCGUCCUCAAAACUCAACUAAUACACUAUGGAUCACCACCAUCACCACGGUCACCACCAUCAUGAGAACGGGCACGCCGAUGCCGAGAAGCAACUAAAGCAUCACAACACCCUUGAGCGUAUUGGUGAGACGGCUGCCGUUGCUGCUGCUGCUUAUGCCUUGUAUGAGAGACAUGAAGAAAAGAAAGACCCACAGCAUGCUCACCAACACAGAGUGAAUGAAGAGAUUGCAGCCGCGGUUGCGGUUGGUGCUGCCGGUUUCGCUAUGUACGAGCACCACAAAAAGAAUGAAGCCCAACAUGAGCUACAUUCUUCCCAACACCAUGGUCACCAUCAUGAUCAUCAUAAUCAACAUCAUGGUCAUCAUAACCUACACCAUGGUCACCAUCAUGAUCAUCAUAACCAACACCAUGGUCAUCAUCAUGAUCAUCACCACCAUGGUCACCACCACCAUCAUUAAAUUAGUUUGUCCAUUAUUUUGGGAUUUUGCGCUACUUAAGUUUUCCUAUAAUUAUAUUAGACCUUUAUGUUAUGUAAGAGUGACUAGUGUUUGAUAUCUUUUAUUUGUUUAGGGUUACAACUGAUCGAGUCGAGUUUGAGCUUGAUCUAGCUAAGGCUUUGAUAAGAUGGACAAAUAAAAUUAUGUUUAUUAAACUCAAAGAUUAUGUUUUCAAGAUGGAGUAAAUAAGUUACUAAUUUUGAAGUUUUAUUGCUAUAUAAAGAAUUGGUUGACUGGCUGGUCAAUUGACUCAGUUCAUCA